AUGUCCCUGCGCGGCUUCCACACAACCUCCGACACCAUCGUCCUCAAAGACAAGCAUAUUCUCAGCAGUCGCUGCAAACGGCCUGACGGCACCUACUCCUUCUCCGAGAUUGAUCUGAAUGAUUGUCUGGGGAAUAAUAAUGGGAAGUUUGUCUGGGGCGGGGAAUCGUUCGCAGACAGCGCAUCGCAGGUGCAUCUUGCGUUGGAAGGAGGAGAGGGAACACCGAUGUUGCAUGCGCAGCUGAACGACCGGCAUGGGAGUGUGCAGUCUGCGAGUGUGAAUCUGGGAGAGUGCAUCCAGAAUGAGGCGGGGGGGUUGGAAUAUAUGCAUUGUUGA